AUGGCAAGUUCAACGGAAGAUGGAAACCAUACAAUCACAAACCAAGAAUACUCCUGCGGUAUAGGUCUUAGGGAGACACAUAAUAUAAUACUAUCAAUUUUGAGCAUUCCUCUUUUCAUCAGUGCAGUUUCAGGAAAUGUUCUGAUCAUCGUUGCUCUUCAAAAGGUUUGUUCUCUUCAUCCGCCAUCGAAGUUUCUUCUCAGUUGCCUUGCGUGUACAGAUUUGGUAAUGAACCUCAUCUGCCAUCCUCUUUUUAGUGCAUUUUCUUUCUCCCCAAAGAAUUCUAUUUUUUGUUACACCUUUUGGAUCCUUUUUCUUAUCGCGGUUUUUGCGUUUAGGGGUGUAUCUUUGACAACAACGACUGCAAUUAGUGUGGACAGACUUCUUGCUUUAUUGCUUGGGCUUAGAUACAGGCAGGUGGUAACUGUGAGGCGAGUAAAAUUCCUUACUAUUUUUCUCUGGCUUUUAAGCGCUUCUGUGGCAAUGGUAGCAUUAUAUAGUCUACAUCUUGCUUCACGCAUGGCCUUUGCAGCAUUUUUAUCUUGCGCAGUAACCUCUUCAUUUUGCUACAUCAAAAUUUACUACACACUUCGUCUUUCUCAAGCACAAGUGCAAGACCAAGAUCACCAAGGACAACCAAAUCAAGAAGGAAUUCAAAUGAACAGAGUGCGAUACAAAAAGACAGUGUCCACAGCACUUUGGGUUCAAGUACUAUUUCUGGCUUGUCAUCUCCCAUUUGGUUUAUUGUUAGGUUUUAUUACCAUCACUGGAUUGAAUACACCAUUCCUUUGGUUUGCUUUGGCUCUAGCAACGGAUCUGAUGUAUACCUACUCAACUCUGAACCCAUUGCUGUAUUGCUGGAGGAUAAGAGAAUUAAGGCAAGCAGUAAAGGACACGAUUAAAAAGUUUUGUUGUUUAUCGCAGCACGAAGCAACUUAA